AUGGCGGCCCACUCGCCGAUCUUCCGCGACAUGCUGGCCCUCCCCGCCCCCGCUGAUGCGGAGACCUUCGAUGGCUGUCCUCUCGUCUUGCUCCCCGACACGGCGGAAGACAUGACCAACUUCCUCAAGGCGCUGGUGUACUACGAUUUUCUCGCCCCCGAUGUCAAUAGCAACGGUCUUCCCACCCUGCUUUCCGUCCUCCGCAUGUCCCACAAGUACGACGUCGCGCCGCUGCGCAAGCGCAUCCUCACGCAGCUCUCGAUCCUCUUCCCGACCACUCUCGCGGGACUUAAGGCCCCAGAGCUGAGCGCCCGCGCCACCGACUCUGAGGCACCCGCGGAAGCGGACGGUGACUGCAUCAUCGCACUCAUCACGACCGCCCGCCAGGUGUCCGCAGACUGGCUGCUCCCGUUCGCCUUCUACGAGCUGUGCCGCCGCACCGACGAGCAGCGCGUCGUGUGGUCCCCCGCGCUAGCAGUCGCGGACAAGCAGCGCUGGGUCACGGGACUCCGCGCGCUCGAGACGCGCGAGGUCACGCGCCUGCUCCGCUUCCUCUGGCAGGACCCGCCCGGCUCCGGACCGCUUGCGUAUUACACGUGCAUCGGGCAUGACGCGUGCGUCUGGGCCCGGGCACAGCUCCGCCGCGGCCUGUUUGACGGUACGUCCGCCCCGCAGCUGCCGCUCGAGCUCCUCGCGGACGCGGAUGUGGACGAUGGGAUGCUUUGCGGCACGUGCUAUGCCGAGUUCCGCGGACAGCGCAAGGCGGCGCGGGCGAAGCUGUGGGCGCGCCUGCCCGACAUCUUCGCGCUGCCUGGAUGGGAGGAGCUGGAGAAGGCCAAGGCAGAUGCGUUCGGCGAGGACACCGAGGCUGACCCGUGA